AUGCAGGUUCGUGUCCUCUCCUCCCUGAUGGACGGCGGUGGGGACUCCUCUCUGUGCUUUCCUCACCAAAACUCCUCCUGCAGGAGGCUGAGGGUGCCCCUCUCUGACUCCGCUCUGUUCCACACAUUGCUGACUCUCGUCUCCCUGCUCACCGUCAUGCUCAACCUGCUGGUCGUCGUCUCCAUCUCCCACUUCAGGCAGCUGCACACCCCCACCAACGCCCUGCUGCUGUCGCUGGCUGUGUCUGACCUGGUGGUGGGGCUGCUGGUAAUGCCCAUCGAGGGGCUGCGCUACCUGGAGACCUGCUGGCUGAUGGGCAGGCUGAUGUGUGCUCUGACUCCGUAUGUGUCUUACUGUAUGAUCUCUGCCUCUCUGGGCCACAUGGUGCUUAUAUCUGUGGACCGCUACGUGGCCAUCUGUGACCCGCUCCGUUACCCCACUAGGAUCACACUGGUUAAUGUGAAGGUCUGCGUUUCUCUCUGCUGGGUGUGUUCGAUGCUCUACAACGGGCUGAUCCUGAUGGGUCACCUGGCCCAGCCUAACAGGUUCCGCUCCUGCCACGGAGAGUGUAUUGUAAUUAUCAACCAUGUUUCAGGAACUGUUGAUCUCUUCGUCACCUUCAUCGCUCCCUGUACCGCCAUGGUUGCUCUUUAUUUCAGGGUGCUUCUGGCGGCUCUCUCUCAGCUGCGUCUCAUCCGUUCACAGACAGCAGCUGCUGCGGUGAAAACGGCUCAAGCUGUCUCGAGAUCUGAGUGGAAAGCAGCCAGGACCCUGGCCGUUGUGGUUGCUGCGUAUGUUAUCUGCUUCUGUCCUUACUUCUAUCCUUCUUUUGCCGGCGAGGUCACAUCCAACAGCUUUUCCUACUUUGCUGCUCUGUCUUGGAUCAUGAUGCUGAACUCCACCAUAAAUCCCCUCAUUUAUGCUUUCUUCUACCCCUGGUUCAGAAAAGCUAUCAAACUCAUCCUGACCCUAAAAAUACUGCAGCCUGACUCCUGCCAAGUGAAGAUCCUGUAGGAAGAGCUGACCUCAGGUCAGAUGUGGGAUUGUUUUUCUGUUGUA